AUGUCUCAGACCGCCAAGUCCGCCUCCAGUCAGGGCACUGAUGCCAAGGACAAGGGAGCCCCUGCCCCCGCUGCCACCAGCAAGGCCACCAAGACCGGAGACCCUGGCAUGGGAAACUUCAAAAUCAUGCUGUUCGACCAGGAGAACUUCCAGGGCAGAAUGAUGGAGAUCCAGAACGAGUGCAUGAACGUGUGUGACCGCGGCAUGGAGAGAGUGCGCAGUAUCAUCGUUGAGUGCGGCCCCUUUGUUGCCUUUGAGCAGACUAACUUCCGUGGGGAGAUGUUCAUCUUGGAGAAGGGAGAGUACCCUCGCUGGGAUACCUGGAGCAACUCUUACCGUAGUGACUGCCUCAUGUCCCUCAGACCCAUCCGCAUGGACAGCAUGGAGCACAAGAUCUGUCUGUUUGAGCUCUCCGACUUCAAGGGCAAUAAGAUGGAGAUCCAGGAGGAUGACGUGCCCACCCUCUGGGCGCACGGCUUCACUGACAGGGUGGGCAGCGUGAGGGUGCCCGGCGGAGUGUGGGUGGGUUACCAGUACCCCGGAUACAGAGGCUACCAGUACCUGUUUGAGUGUGGUGACUACAGACACUACAACGAGUUCUGUGCCUUCCAGCCCCAGAUCCAGUCCAUGCGUCGCGUCAGGGACAUGCAGUUCCAUCAGCGUGGUUGCUUCAACCUCACUACCGCCAGCAAGUGAGUGAACUCUGGUGGACGGACGCUGUAACUGCAGCCAGCCCUCCCUCACUCAACCCGCCCAACAGGCGCUUUUUAUUUCUCCAACCCUAUCCCUCCUUUCCUUCCCUUCACCCACCCUCAUCCCUCCAUCCUA